AUGGCCUUCCUCACCCUCACCUUUACAACUACCCUCACUCUUACAACCAUCACCCUCAGUCGACCCGACGCCACUUCGAAAUCCUCUCCGACAGCAUCCUCAAAAUGCUACGGCAAGCUUUCCGCCUUGGACAACGUAGCAUUGUUCAACAAGCUACACGUUGCAUAUCCCAAGCCCGCACUUUCCAGGUUUGCUUUCUGGUGA